UGGCGAAGUUUCCGAAACGCCGAGAAGUGUAGUGAGUGUGUUUUUUCUCGUGCGCCCGCUGCCGCCAAUUUGUUGCUCUUUCGUGCAAUCAUUACGUGUGUUUAUUGUUUCAAAUUUGUGUAUCUAUCUGGUGCCGGGAAAAGGAUCGGGACACAAACGGAGCCACCUAUGCCAGCUCCAAUUGUGUAGAUCGCUCUCUCUCCCUCCCUUUUUAUCUUCGUUCUCUCUCUCUCUUUAUUUCUCUCUCUCUCUUUCUCUCUCUCUCAUUUUAUUUUCCUAUCUUUCCUCUUUCCUAUGCUCCACAAGUUUUGAUUAGUAGUCGCAUUUAGGUACCCAUAAAAAAGAAUCAUCAAGAAAGUGUAUUAUAGGAACUAACGUUGUUAAUCCUGUUUACAAACACAACCUCCAAACAUACGUGAAAUCAAUUCUUAUUCAUAUACUAUACAUGGGACAAAUUUGAGCGAAAUAGGCUUUCGAAACUGUACGCGAGACAAACGAAACAAGAAAUAAGAAAGAAAUAUCGUCACUACCGCCAAUGUACUUACGGUGCAGCAUGCCAUGGGGCCCGAUUAGUGUACCGCAUUCGCUUGACCGUACCGGUUGACAGUCGAUUGUCAGCGUGUGUUCGCUUUCGAACCGAUUCGACCAACCUGUUGUUGAUGCAGUCGACGAUCCAAGAGUGUGAGUGUGUGCGUGAGAGCGUGUUUGUGUUGGAGCAGUUUGUUGAUGAUAUUGUUACCUCAUCUCAUCUUCUGUGUCGCCAAAGAAGAGCGUGUGCCAAUUGAGUGGACGUGUGUGUGUGUGAGCAGAGUAAGAGUGUGUUAGUUAGAUGUGUCGAUCGUGGCUCUGUACAUCCGUUUCCAGCACGCCAGGCGUGCUUCUUGCUGAUAUCCGUUCCGGGAUAUUGGUUUGUCCUUUUUCCAUGAUACUUUCCGUAAACGUACUCUCACGAAUACACCCCAACCGGCUAGCUUGAGGGGAGAACCGUAGGGUUUGCACACCACUACAAUCAGAAAGGCCGCUACAAAAGCUGCAAGCGAGUGAGUUGGGGUUUGUAGGACUCGAGAGGGAAGAUUCUCCUUGAAAGAAGUGAGUGCAUAGAAAGAAAAAAAAAUACUUGCGCUUCUCGCUUCUACCCUCAAACGCGCACGUAGCAAGCAACAGGAGAAUACUGCGUACUGCUGCGCGCCGAACACUGAUCAGCUACUGGUAUGGGUUGGUAAAAAAAUUGAGAUCAAGCAACGAGCAAACGAGCAUAUAAAAAAGUGUGGAUCUCUUUGAUGAGAGUGAGCAACAGUAAUGUUUCUUAUGGAAAAAAUAUUCUAGAAUAAAGUAUGCGUGCAUUUGAUAUAAUUAUAACUUCUUAGCUCGUCUAAUUACUUGCAGCAAUAUUAAAAAAAUAUAUUUCAUACAACACAAAACGCUUAUACACACUGCUGGAUGUUUCGGGAGGAGCAAUAAAGCAAAUUAUUUCGGUGCCUUUGUCCACGGUUUGCCUAGUUCACUUUAAAGUGUGUAUGUGUGAAGUAGUGCGUGUGUUGGUGCAGUGGCAAAUAUUGCGCUCCCUUGACCUCGGCCCAAUGGCGCCAAUGGCGGCGGGCGCGUACGACGCUGUCCACGCUGAACGUUACCCAUUUUCGAAGGAGCCCAAGGCGUGCACGUUCGCGAACGGCCCAGUGAUGCAGUGCACUGUUGGGCCGCCCCGAGCUGUGUGUUAGUGCAAUAGUGUGGUGCAGUGCCGCGGUGUUAGUAUAGCUUCUAUUGCAUAAGACGCGCCACACUCGAUUGGAAAGAAAAGGGGAAACGCUUACACCCAUGGACCUCACGGCUUGCAGUGGAAGAAGAAACUAGACAAACAGCAGGCUGCCAGCACGCUCCCAGUGGCAUUUACCGGUGAUCUUUGGCAUCGGAACAGGUGACCGUGUGCAGGUGCAGCGGCUUGGGGGUACGCAGGAAAUGCUGUCCAUGCCGGACCCAUCCAUGACCUUCGACAUUUCGUUGCCGAAGUAAGUCACCGAGCGAAUUUUGCCUGCGGUAUUAAAAUAAACAUUUUAUUUCAGACAUCAUUGCGCUGCCAUGACAUUAAGCUGACAGUAUCGUUUGGAUAUACAACAAUUCAUUUAAAACAAGGCCACGCUACUACCUAUUCCGUCUCUAGCGCCAGUCUGCAUCAGUAGUUGUAGACAAUACACCGUGUGCGCGUGUGAGUUUUGUGUACGUGUGUGUGUACGUUUAGUGGAUAAAGAGAAGCUCUGAGUUGGCUGCGUUUGUGCAUUCCAAUUUCGGUGCGGAAUCACUGUAACGUGCAAACGACGUGUUGCGGGUGUGAGAUAGAACUUCCUUUAACGGUGUGUGCGAGAUAAAACAGGAAAGCGUCGAUAACGAAACAUUAAAACGAAACACAACGCGUAUAGUGCGGUAUAGUCCAGAACAUUGCAACAGGUGUGGUGGCUUAGGCGUUGCACGGGAAGUGCAAUUUUUGUUUUCAAACCCUGCUGGCGAAUUGUUGUUGCGUUCGAGAUUGCUCGAGCUACUUCGGAACCAUCAGUGAUUGCCACCCAGCAAGCGAGUGUGUCCGCGAGUUUGAGUGUGUGUGUGUAUAUGUGUAAGGGAUAAUGUAAUGCAAAGAUUUUCCUACACAACAAAUUGCAGAGCCGGGACCACCUGUGGCUUCGUGGAAUCGUGUCCUCCGUUUCACCGUGUGCUCCGCAAGAAGCUCCAGCUCCAAAGCACAUCCUGCGUCCUGAUACGAUGGCAGACUGCUCGUACGCCCGCUGUGUCCAGGAGCGGCGCUACAUAAGACGCGAACUGGCCAAGUGGACGAAAAAUAUGGUACACAUAGUCGGACUAGAACGUGUCGCUGAAGAAUUGAUGGGACGCAGGAAAUGGAAACACUAUCAGGACGUCCUAACGCGACAACAGUUGAAUCUGCUGGAUCCCAGCACGACAAACUCCACCGAGGACGAUCUACUGACCGGCACGACCGGUGUUGCAGCCGCCGCCGCCGCAGCAGCUGCUGCAGCCGCGGCCGCCCAGCUACACCAGGGGCAGCUGAUGAACUCCGCCAGCGCUACAGCCGCUGCCACAGCCCUCGCGCUAGCUGGUGGCGGCAUGAUCGAUCAAAAGACCAAUCAUCCCGCCGCCAUUGUGGCCGCAGCCAACGCUGCGGCCGUGGCUUCCCUCACUACACCUGCCGCUGCCCAAGCCGCUGCCAACACAACUGCCGCGACGGCCAUAGUGAGAAAUGGGCACUGCCAGCAGGACGACGUAGAUGUCGACCCGAAAACUGCUGCCUCCGCCAGUCCCGACAGCCCGCGGGCAGCCAACUGUCUGGCGUCGGAAAAGCUCAGCCCUUCCAGUGCCAGAUCUCCCCGGCACGGCAAGGACGAUCGUGCCGCUUCGCCAGUAUCGCGCAACUGUCAUACCAAUGACAACGGCACGGCGACACCGAGGACGGGAGCGACCGACGCGGAAGGAACGCCUCCCCUGUCUGCAUCGCCCUCGGGCACGAUCGAGCGUGAUCCCGCCAGGCCCAAGUCGACCUCCGGCACCGAACAGGCAGCUCUCGUCGAGCCUAGCAUACCCAACACUCCUGAUCGUGGUCGCGCAUCUUCCGUCGCGAGUCCGGACGUGCGGGGAGAGCAAACUGCUACCGAGCAUGCCGAAAGUAUGUCCAUCGUGAAACAGGAACCCGUAGAGCAUGUAGAUCCCUCGCCCAUCAAAUCUGAGCAACCGAAUCCAGAGGUGGCGGUCGUGCCGAAGCUGCCUAUUGUUGGAACCAACAACAACAACAACAUCAUCAACAGUAACAACAACACGAUCCAGCAUCGCAGCAACGGGAUGGCGAUAGAAGACGGUUCCGCCGGCACCAAACCGCUAACAGCGGAAACACCGGCCGAGCCCGAGGCGGCUACACCGGUCGACUGGAAGCCACAGGACAAGUGUUACUUCUGCGUCGACGGCAAGCUGCUGACUGUGAAUGAGACGGGUGAGCUGGUGCCGGAAUCGGGCCCGGCUCCGACCGAAGCAGAGCUCCGACUUAAUAGACGGGCUGCCGCUGCUGCCGCACUGGCCGAGUCCGAUAGCGAUACGAGCGAGAGCAGCGAGCCAGAGCUGCUGGCUAGUCUUCUGAGUGCCGGUGCGGCCGGUGGAAUGUCCAACAAGUCGCUGGUAGCUUUGCUGCGUGAAGCCGGCGCCUCUCAAAAUCUUCCCUCGCUGCAGUCGUUCGUGGCACAGUACACCGCGGCCGCUUCGUUGCAGGGUCUUCAGCCAAAUCUUGCCCAGCUCUACAACCCGCUAUGGUAUUCACAACUCCAGCAGCAGAUGUCACCGAGCGCCGUCGAGACGGCAGCUGGGGGAGCCGCAACGGCUGCCCUCAGUCCGACAACGGCGGCCAAAAUGGCGGCACAGCUCGGCGCGGUCGGAGGCACUGGGGAACAACCGCUCGAUCUCAGCGCAAAGCCGGGCACUUCCGGCAUGACAUCAUUGCUCAGCAGUAUGAUGGAUCCGAAGCACUUGUACAAGGCGAAACCCCGCUUGUCACCGGUUGGAGGACGCAAGACCUACACCGAGGAUGGGUUGCAGAAUGCACUGCAGGACAUACUCAGCGGACGGCUCGGUACGCGCCGGGCAGCGAUGCAGUACGGCAUCCCGCGCUCGACGCUACGCAACAAGGUGUACAAGAUGGCGCUAGGCGGCAAGCGCGGCAUGUCUUCCCUGCUAGAGGACGACGACGAUAAGGACUCGCAGGACGGUGACAUGAAGGAUGGCGAUCUGCUGGACAAACUACCCCAACAGGUGCUGGCCGACAUGCUGAUGAAGAUGUGCGGCGGAGGAACCGGGACGCCUCGAUCGCACGAGACCAACCUGACACCCACACCGCCCGCCACUGCGACACCACCCGCCCAGCAUGCCACGCCCGAGCCGGCUGCGCUAGACAUUGCCGGCAUGAGUCUAAAACCGCACCCCAGCUCCCAAUCCAUUGCCGUGCCGUCGACCACGCCACGUCUAGCGGGGUCUGCUACGGCGACGCCUCCCGCAACUACGCAGCCGCCACAGUCGUCACCGCUGGUUGCCGCCGCCGCGUCCACGCUGCUCAAUCCGAACCUAGUGAUGCAGGUGGAGCGCAUUCUGCAGGUAACGGCGACCGCGCAAGCAUCGGGCGAGACACAGCAGGCCCUGGCCGAGCUGCCCGAACUCCUCCGCAAGAUCAUCGACCAGCAGCAGCUGCUGGCGGAUCAAAUUAAAAAGGCAAGCGUGAGUGGUACCGUACCGGCCGCUGCCACGAUACAACCGUCCUUGGCUGGCAGUGCCGGCGGUCCAAGUCCCACCAUUCACGGACUUGCUCCGGCGGGUUCCGGUGUGCUGGGAAACGCGUCUGCACUGGACGCGGCCCUCGCGCGAUCACCCUCACUCAGUGCGGCGCUCAGCGCGAACGGAGGCGCCUCACAGGCAGCCGCUGCAAUUGAUCCGUGCUAUCUUCCGUUCCUGCAACAGCUGCAGCAACAGCAGCAGGGCAAACUGCGAACUAUGUCUGCGGGCACGCCGGACACACCCGCUUCGCUGUCCUCCCUCGAGCUGAACGACGUGGCGAACGAUGACCCCCACGUCAUUCUGAAGAUUCCGUCCUACGGACGAGCCCCUGGCGCCUCGCCAGGAGUUCCCGGCGUCCCAGCCAGCAGCAAAAAUGGAGACCUGGAACGCCAUCACCUGCAUCAUCACAAUCUGACCACCCCGUCUCCGCCGACCGCUGCCGCGGCCGCCGUGCUCAGCAGUCUGGUCGGAACGCCCGCCCGAACGCCGCAUUCGUCGGGUAGCCCACAGGCCGGCCUCCUGAACAGUGCCGUAACUGGUGGCGCUGGCAUGGGGGGUGUCGCGUCGGCGCCCACCUCCUCCCAGGUGUCCUUGGCCUCGUCGCUCUCGUCCUCUUCGCCGCUGUCCUCGCUGUCGGUGGCAUCGUCGGUUGCAGUACAGCAGGAACGAGCCUCGCUUGGAGGCAGUGCGCAGACCAACCACCUGUCGGUCAUAUCGCCGCCCUUGAUGAACCUGCGCGGUGCAGCAAAGGGAGAGUCUGCCCUUUCCCCGCCCGCUUCCGGUCAUGGCUCGGCCCCUGGAAUGACGUCCGGCGGUAAGCCAAUGCUCUCCGUGCACGAUGUGAUAGCGCGUAGCAUCAGCAAGAACUUCCAACAGCAUCAGCAAUCGGACAUCAUGCACAAGCAGCAGAUGGAGCAAAUGAAACGGCCCAGCAUCUCCGUCAUCAAAACGCUCGGCGAUAUUUCACACUUUGGCAGUGCGGCCGCGGCAGCCGCCGGGCUCGGUUCCGUCGGGAGUGCGGCUCAGCUGGCGGCGGCGGCGGCGGCGGCCGCAGCCAACAACACCGGCACCGGAGGCAAAGGCACACGUCCGAAGCGGGGCAAGUACCGCAAUUACGAUCGAGACAGUCUGGUGGAGGCAGUGAAGGCAGUGCAGCGCGGUGAAAUGUCGGUUCACCGAGCGGGCAGCUACUACGGCGUGCCCCACUCAACGCUCGAGUACAAGGUGAAGGAAAGGCAUCUGAUGCGACCGAGAAAGCGCGAACCAAAACCGCAGCCCGGACUGGACGACCACCGGCUUGGAGGUUCAUCCUCCGGCAAAGGAUCGUCGGACGGGGCAUCGUCCUUGCGAGGCCUGGACAAGGGCAAGGGUGGUUUGGGCCUUGGCGCAGGCUCGAAAGGAGCGGCCGGGCUGGCCGGCCACUCUGGCAAGAACCAUCAUCAUCUGCAGCAACAGGUGCAACAGGCGCAGUUUCCGAACAACUCGCCCAACGGUGCGCUCGGUGCAAAGAUGCCAAUGUUCGAUGCUUCGGCCAUGGGCUACGGAGCGUCCUUCUUUUGGCCCCACUCAACCGGCUUCAGUGGGAUGCCCGGCGUUGACUAUGCCCGCAGCCAACCCGCACCAGACGUAUUUAGCUCCCCGACGCUUAUGCAACGCUUCCAGCAGGAAGCCACGGCUAGUGCACUGUCGCCAGCCGACUCACGACAUUUUCCGGGUGGAAAGGCGAGUUCGGCCGGCGUUGGUAGCACCAAUGCGAAUCUGACCGCCCUGCCCAAGGGCAGCAGUGUGCGUGAGAUGGCUGAACAGCUGUACGACGGCAGCGGUGCCAACGGAGGCUCCUUUCUGGAUGACAUUAUUCGGCAAAGCCUCGACAAAAAGUCCGGCGACUUUGCUAGCCACAGUGCGCUCUUCGAUCACUUGUUGAAAGGCAAGCUACGAUCGACGGUCGCCGCUGCUGGCUCCGUGAGCAGUGCCGAGGAUGCCAACACAGCCGCCCUGCAGACGAAAGUGGCUACUAAACGAGCGGCCACCAGUCCCCCGAUAUCAUUCCACCCGGAGAGCAUUAAGCGCGAGCGGGCCAGCCCCGGUGCCUCGUCCACCUCCUCCACCGGCAGCAGCAGCAACCGAUUAGGAGUUAACCUUGGCAACGAUCAGCAACAUCACGGACAGAACCUAUCGCAGUCUGUCACCGGUAUCAGUACGCCCGAACAGCUGGCGAAAAAUGUCGAGAGCCUCAUGAAACUGCACGAGAAUCUUUCGUCGAUGUCCGCGGCGCACCUACAGCGAACCGCGAUGGAAGAACUCAACGGUACACAAGGCUCGACCGCAUCACGCGCAUCGUUGCUCGGCCACCAAUCGGACUCGGUGGAUCUGCACGGCUCGGACGGCGAAACAGACACGGACUCGGUACGAUCGCACACCAAUCAUCAUGGGCACAGCUUACGCCACAGUCUGCAGCAGCAGCAGCAGCAUCACCAUCACCAACGGGGACUGACGGACGACAGCUCAUAGGGCCGGCUGCGCGGUGCAUCGGCAAUGCAACUGCGCCGACCCAUCUGCUAAGCGUGCUGCUAAGUGUAAGUGAUGAUGCAGUGCCAUGCCAUUGCAGGCACUCAGUGUGAGCGAUCGAGUGUGAGCGUGAGACCGGAUGGCGCGGUGGCACAACACACUGGCCGCUGAAAUGGAGAAUCCAUAGUUCAAAUAUUAUUCUUAUAUUAAUUGUAUAUCAUCGUAGUCAAAGUGGGAGCAAGUGGGUGGCCCUUUUGCAAGUGCAAAGGCAAGGCGGAAGCGGAAGGCAGAAACCGGGACGAUGCAGUAGCAGGUUAAAAGCAACACAAAACACUGAAACACAAGUAGAUACCGUUAACAGAGAGCACGAAGUGUUAACAAUUUUAUCCAUUUAAGCGGAAGGGCAGAAGAUCGCGGGAGCAGAUGUAACUUAAUCUUAGAUCGAAACAAAUAUGGGAAGUGAAAGGAAGGUUCAACAAAGACUAACAAUAAUAAUGUUACAAAGAGCUAUACAGUACAGUGGGGAGAGCAAGGACGGAACCAAUCAAAUGCGCAUGAGAUGGCAAAACAUACUUUACUAUUUUCCUUACACUUUACAUCGUCUACUAUCACAUCAUCAUCAUCUACAUCAUCAUCAUCAUUAUGAUCGUGAUCAGGUCACCCAAAAGCAUACAUGCAUGAUCACCGUUUUCCGAUCAUCAGAGAUAGAGCUUAGUAGCUUGGUGGCUCUCGUAAAAUGCGAAUCGAAAACACACACUAACACUAACACAAAACGGUAGACAUUUCCAAUCGGGAGAAAGCUAAACAGGCAUUGGAAAUGGAAGCGAAACUUGAAUGGCUACGAAAAUCGCGUAACGGACAGCUAGAAGCAGAAGGCGAACGUGAACAGUAAAAGACAGAAAGGUGUAAUAUCAUCGCCAACCAAAUGCUAGCAUUUGAAGCACACGAAAUGUUUUUUGACAAUCGACAAAUAGGCUCCUUGUGUGAACUUUACACUAUAAACACAUGUAGACAGACGUACACUCACAAUCGUCACCACCAACACCACCAACACAACCAUCACCACCACCACCACUACCAGCUUCACGGUUUAUGCUGAAAAGCAAACCAGCUGUCCACAGCGAACCCAUCACCGUGACCUGGUCAAGGAGGCGGGCUUAGUGUAGGAAUAAGAUGUACGUGCAAGAAAAUGGGGGAAAAUCGCGCAAAAUAUAACCCAUUUCGAUAAAGCACUCUUAACGACAACAACAUCAACAACACCACCAUCGCAUCAAUCGUAGCUUAUUGGCAGGAUUAAGUCGUGCAUAAGUCGUACCGGUCACUCAAGUCAUUCAAUAGCCAUCGUAACAGUCGCAUUAAGGCUCCAACCCAAGUCGAAAACGAAAUAGAAAGUCCCGAAUUUAAAAAAAAACAACACAGACCAGCAGUGCGUGCUGGCUUUCGGUGAAGGGAAGGGGAAAAAAGGACGCCCAAACAAAUAGAAACGAUUGAUAAAUGUAAUUACAAUUUUUGGACAUCUUUUUAGGCCCUUACAAGAUUCCAGUGGGAAGCAGCUAACAAUUUUGCUUUGUUUCCUGCGCUGUUCUGACAGCAACUGGAAACACAACACAACACACACAACCAAACCAAGGCAACCAUCGCGCGGGCCAUCAAAAACACGGUGCACAAUAACGUAUGAAAAAAAGGGAAAGGAAUUUUUGGCAAACAAAAACGCAUAAAAAGGGUUAAAAAAAAACUGCAAACGAAAAACAAAAAACAAAUGACUCUAAAACCAUCAAACCGAUAUCUCUUGACGGGUAUUGUAAUAUUUUGGCCCUUGCAGUUACUUUGUGCUUCUGAGAGUGAGCAAGCACGGAGGCAGAAAAGACAGGAAAAUCUAACAAAAUAAUCAAAAAAAAACCUAAAUGUUGUGGCUAUAUCAAAAUUUGCAAAAGUAUUAUCGCUUCGAUCAGGAUCGAGAAUGUCACGAACCGUGUCAAAGGAAGCGAAUCAUAAGCAACCCAAACGUAUAGAAGUAUUAUAUCCAAACUUCAGGCAACCAAAAAAAGUGAUCCUGAAAUCUGUUCGGUGUUCAAAAUUAUAUCAUCCAAUAAAAAUACCCUACAGCGAUCGUCCCUCGGAUAGGAGCAGCAGUAAUCAUCAAAACUCGAGCAAGAGCAGAGAAGAACGCAAGGCAAACUAAUUCUUACUUGUGAGCAUGAUGAGGGACGAUCGUUGAUACUCAUCUAAUACCUGGCGUCAAGUGCGACUCCUUUUUGUGUCGAUGUGAAUGCAAACUAUCAUGCAUGCGUAGGAUAGUAUAAUAGCACUGAAAAAAGAGGUAAAUUCAAAAGUAUAUAAAGACAAAAAUCACUCUAUGUUUCGACGUUUUUACAUUCACUUCUAAGCAACAUACCGUCAUAAGCGAAUAAGUCAAAGGAAGGCCGAACGAUGGUGGCCGGUCGAAUGAUGUUGUGUAAGAAUCUUAUCAAAAUUUAUCUAUACAAAAAAAACACAGAAUCAUACAACAGAUUAUCUAAACUGUAACUGGAUGUUUUUUCGUUUUCUAAACGAGUUUAAAAGUAUUUGAAAUUAAAAAAAAAACCAAGAACCAAGACGAAGCAUCAGAGAGAAAGUGCUCGAUGCUAGCGAAUGGCGAGCGGCAUUAAAUGCGCUCCAAACCAUGAAACCAUGAGGACUGAACAGUGCGACCACAUUGAUACGUACCGAGGGUACGGAGAGCCGGCAGUACGGCAGUAUCAAGCGUCCGCCAAUCUUCGAUGCGUGUAUUCCUAUGCGAACGCACCAAAGGCUUGCCGGGAGCGAUGUAUCCGUAUAUCGUCGUCCCGUCCAGGAAAAUGAAGAAAAAACAACAACAACAAAACACAAACUAAGCAUCUACAAACUCUCCCGUAACCUAGCCCACCCAAAACGAUCAUCCCCUCUAUCAAACCCAAAAUCAAACAUUCUGUAUAUGGCCAAUGGCUACGGCUAGCAUAGCAGAGUCAAAAUCCAACCGUAGCUAAACAAAACAAAAAAUAAGGUGGAAAAUAAGUAAGAAAUAUAUUAUAUGUGUGUGUCUUCACGUCGCGUAUACCUCAAAUGAUAAAACAAAAAAUAUUAACUGAUCAAAAUGGCGAAUGGCAAGUGACUAUUCAGGUAUGGAAUGGAAGCAAAAUUUUAAUCGAAUCAUUGAAAACGUAGCUAAAUGCAAUGCCGAGCGGACGAGCGGAUAAUUCGAAUACGCGUGGGGACGAUGCACUCCGUACAGUGACAGAAGGGAUGUACUUUUGCCGAAUAUAAGCUUUCGUUCCAAAUUUAAGGUUCAAGUUCCACUUUUCUUUUUGCAUUCGUGUAUGUUUGACUUACAGAGGCUAAGGAUAGGUUUAAUUUUUAUUAGUUUUGAGUUUGAAAAUCUUUCAAAACCAAACCAUCUAAACGAAAUUUAACAAUGCCAGCAACAAUUCAUUAACAAAAAAAAACACCAUCACGUCCAUCCUUUCUGGUAUACUGUCGUGAGGCAUCGCGAGAGCGAAAGCGUCUCAAAUAUAUAUAUAUGCAUGUAGUAAGAGAACAGCUAAAGCAUAUCCCCCCUCCCCCAGCAUAUCCGCCGACGACAACAAUGCUCUACUAGAUGAAUGAAUUGGACGAUGGAAAAUGGGAAUGCACACGGUAAAGAGAGGGAGGGAGAGACAGAGAGAGAAAGAGAGAGAGAGACGGAGAGAGAAAAGAAGGACGGAAAAAAUAUAUAUUUAUACACUAUCUGUGAUUGAUAAUCCAAAAUUUUGAUGUAUAUUUUUCUCUAAAUAAACAAAAAAGAAGAAGAAAAUUUAAAAUUUAGGAGCUAAAGCUAAAGGAGCAACCGUUGUUCGAACGGCAAAACGGUACAAGAAAGGCUAAUCAAGAGAAACAAAACACUGUAAAACAAUUGUAAAACGUGAAGCUAGACAAUGAAAGGGCGUAGGAUUUUGCCUUUGUUUUUUUUUUUCUGGUGUAGCGAAUGUUUGACCAACCAACCAACCAACCAAUGGAUGCCACACGCACACGCGAACGACCCGGACGGGCCAGCUCGCUACCAGCUCGCUGGCCGAACCCGGGGCACGCGAAAAUGUGUGCUUUCUUUCUUUGUUCCAUCUUUUCUGUUUUGUUAUUCUUUCGACCAAAACUAAGAUUUCGUUAGUAAUUGUUAAGAGCGACGAAAGGUGCAAGAUGGGGGGAAGGGUAGCAUACCAAAAAAAAAAAAAGAAAAGAAAAAAUACGCGACGCGAGAUGGAUUUAUUUUAAGCGAAAUUUUCCAACCUAUUUCUAGUAGUGCGUGCUAUUUAGUGCAUCGGUGUCGGCGUCAGAACGCAGCAACGCAGCAGCGGCGCCGGAACACGGAACACUGGCACGGAAGUAACGAUGGAGCAACGUUUUUGUCCUUCGAUUUUAGUGUUUAGCGGAAGCGGUUAAGGUGUAAAGUAGCAGUGUUUGUAGCUACCCCUCACAAAAUGGAGGCGAUUCAAUCGCGGGGAGGCGAAUAGCGUGCGCUAAAUAGACUGAGAAUAUGCGCAAGGAAUAAUAGAUGCAUGGUGGUGUGCAGAAUAAACAAUUGAAAAUAACAUUAUUGAAUGGAGUGCGAACGAAUACGGGGAGACGUUGAAGAUGUUGAAGAAAACACAAAAAGUGCAAUUAGAACGAUGUAAACCGUAACAUAUUCGUUAUUUAUAUUGACAAACAAGCUGAAAAAACUGAGAGAAAAAGAAACAAAAGCUAUACAAAAGCUAUACAAAAAUAUUAAUGCAAAAAAACAGGCAAAAAUGCUAAGAAAUGAAACACAGAAAGAAGAAAAAACACUCACAAAACAUACGCAUUUACUUACAGACACACACACCCACACACACACACACACAAACACACAAAUGCUUGUGACACGGACAUGCGAAUACAAGUGGUAGGUGUAAUAAAUUUAAAUAUAUAGGAAAAAUUAUUUAAUUCUAUAUUUACAAACGAAAACAAAACGAACAAACAAAAAACAAUGUCAAGUGAAACAGGCAGCAAGCGUCGUAAAAGAAAAGGAUAAAAACAAACGAUGUGCUGACCAAAAUGCGGUGCAUAUUGAUGAGCGUAUGAUUGCCAUGGUGACGCCAAGACCACGUAGUAUACAGCGACCAAUGCGCCCGCGGAACAGUAAGCACACACAUGCAAGGGGUAUCCAAAUUUUGUUGGUUACGAAACAACUAAAACUACAUGAAGCAGGAAAGUCAACAAACAAAAGAGAAAAAAAGGACAUGAAAAUGUAAACCAAAACCUCGGACUAAGAAAAACAAAAUCAAGAAACCCACUGCAAGUAGGAGAAAACAAAUGUUUCGUUUCUUUUCGGUGUUAGGCUUAAAGGGCAGAGGUGUCGAAAUCUAAAUUGCGCAUAAUGCAAAACCAAAACCGAACCGAGUCAUGUGUUUAAAGUCGCUUACGCAUCUAGCCUACGUGGUCCGCAAAGGGGACGCGUGGAACAAAGCGGCACAUAGCGUCAUUACUGUGGGAGCAAAAAGCAACAGAAUACGCAAAGUGAAAAUGUCUUUUUUACUGUUUUUGGAGAGGCUAUAGAAUGAAGCAUUUAACGAGAACGCUACUAAAUGGACGAAUUCUCUCUGUAGCAAAAAGGAACAGCCAUUCAAGCGUCCUGUAAGAUUUUAUCUUCCUUUCUCUCAUGGGUUUUCGAUAGUUUUCCGUUUUCUUUUAAGUUUAUAAUCCCCCCUCCCCUUUCUCCUCUUCCCCUACGUCUAUCCUGAAUUUGCUUCCCCCCUGUCCCCAGUCCCGCAACCCUUUAUCUUCCCGUUAACAUUAUGCCUUUAUCUUCCCGUUCGAUAACGUUUGUCUCAACAACAGCCCUCAAACGCAAUAUUGGACAAUACGGUAGAAAGACGGUACGGAACGAACGUUACCGAUGCGAUCGGCAAAUCGGUUUCGAUCGACCUAGCGAUCGACCUAGCAGCUACCCUAUACACGGUGGAAGAAAACUCAAAACAAAUAGCUAGUGCAAUGUUUUUUUUAAAUACUAUUGUUUUAUUAAUGCAAAAUAAUAUGAUCGAACCUUCCAUGUUUUCCUUUUAUCUGUGCUUUAAGUGAACGAAAUCAAAAAUAACUUUUAAGAUUUAACUAUGCGUACGAAAGAGUGACACUACUAGGUAUGCAAAAACGCGCAGCAGCAGCAGCAGUAGUAGGAAGUAGGAGAGCAAACAUAUUUUAUGGCGGAAGUUUUGUACAAUUUUCAAAUAACAAACAAACAACAGCAUCUAAGAUCUAAACGAAAAAUGCAGGCGGCCGUUGAAGGAAACUAAAACUGUUAAGCAAAAUGCGCUAAUACUAUACGCGUAAAUGUGCAACAAUGGGAUAGCAAAAGCGAGACAAAAAACAAACAAACAAACUCUUCGAAUCGCAUUUUACUUUUUCAUUGUAUUGCAAACGGAUCCCAAGUGUCCUAGUUAUGAUUUGUAUGGUUUGCAAAUGAUUCAAUUUACUGUGUCCUAAGUUCACAAAAUAACAUCUUCCCUCUUCUUUUUAUCAAACGGACCAAUAGUAACAGAGAGUAUCACACAGCAGCAGCGAUAAUGCGGCUGUAACCAAUAGGUAGAAACGUUCGAGCAAAUUUCUUUGUUUCGGAGCAAGUUUCGUACAAAAACCCGGAUUUCGGCCACGGAAACCACCACUGAAUCAAACUUCAAACCUACGCAAUAAAAUAACAACAACAAGCAGAACACGGCUCUUAAGCAACAGCACUACUUAUUGCAACAGAAAAACAAAAAACAAAACAUUGCAAAGCAACAGUUAAACAUAUAAACACACAUGCAAGACACAUUCAAUACAGGAAAUAUUCGAUUGUUUGUCGUACAUUUUAAGCAUAUUUGUUCACUUUAGGAAACGUCACGUUUGAACAGUUCCAACAGUUUGGCAAGUGUUUUACCAACCGUAAACAAAAUAAUACAUCAAGAAAACUAUCUGCAGAAGAAGCAAAACACACUCACAAGCAACAGUGUAGCACGGACAGUGAAACCCAGUAACAAACAGCAGACUGCAACGAGCACACAAUAGAAGGCCCAUUCAUUAUUCAGCAAGAGAAGAAAAAAAACGUACCAAAAAUCUUACCAACAGCUACCAUCAAAACUGAGAUGGAGCUCAUACAACAGCUAAAGAUCAUUUCAGCAAGAGGAAACAAAAACAACUAAAUAGCACCACCAGCAUCACUACUACCAUCCCUACCAUCAGCAGUAUAAUGCCUCCAUCAAAUACCACCAAAUAUAAUACAACUACAUCAUCGUAAAAUACCAAUCUUCCUAUCCUCCGUACCACCAUCUCCACCACUCCCACCAAACAUCACCAUUCAACACUACAAACUUCCCUGAAAACUAACCUAUGCCGACAGUCGAUUGGCACUGGGAUACAUCGCCGCCGAUGUCGCGAAUGCCUCCAUGAACGAUGGACCGGCACGAGCAGUGCGUGCGAUGUAUCACAGUGUACACAUAUAAAUAGAAGAGAAACAAAAAACUGACAUACAGAAGAACCACCAGUACAGAAAACAGCAAUGAAAUUACAAUAGCGCUAAUGCAAUAGAACUAAACUCUACACACCUACACAACCCACUACUCACCCACUCAUGCAUACACGACCGCAAACGCCCAGCACGCUGGGUGACAAUAGUCAAGUAAAAUGGAUUAAUAAUACCACAGGAAGACCAACACACUUCAAACUCCCAGUUACGGUUAUAAUUAUUAUUGCUACAGUCCGUGGGGAACAGAGAGACAAUUGCGUAAAAGUUAAAGUCAAUAGUCACCAUAUCACUCACUCACUCACUCUCUUUCUCUAUCACUCUACACACUCACUUACAAACUUACGAUCUACUACCAAUGCUCGGUUUAGUAUACAAUAGCCCGGCUACUGAGAUUUGGUGGAGCUGUCGAUGCAGGCGCACCGACAGACUCGGCCGACCAUGUUAUCGCUCACAACACACACCCACACAUACAUACUACUUACAGAAGCAGCAGCAGCAGCAGUAAUCUUUAUUGUACAAUAGCCAGGAUUGAUGGAUAAGCACUGACUUAUCUCUUGUUCACAUUUUCCACAUCACAAUACACACAUACACACCGACACAAAUAUUACAUACAAUAAUACAGCCGCGAUCGGGCGCGGCAGCAUAGCCCGUACGAUCGUGUGCAUUAAUGUUUAAAUUUUGUUACAGUUCUCUUACUAAGCAGUAAUAAUAACCGUAAUGAACAGAAACAGAAAAUAGAAAUAGUAGAAGGAAAAUACACAAAAAAAUAAGCCAUUCCAACACCCUCAAACACCCCCCAACCCAAAUCCCCACAAUUUCCUCCGCUGCGUUAUGUCGUACUAAAAAAAAACAGAAACAGCUGAUGAUGAUCCUCUAAAUGACCACACUCUACCACAGUAACUCUCAGCAGCUCAGCAGCGAUCAAUCAAUUAAAUUCAAUUACAAACCGCAGUUCUUACAAUAGUUACAAUAGUGAAACAAUAAGAAGCAAACACAACUGUAAAGUCAAUGUACAAACCAUUACAAACAAACAAUGAAAAUGCUACGUUACGGUACAUGUUCGUAAACAACAAUAUACCAAAUAUCGGAUGUUCCCCCGUGGGCAAGAAAAGCUGAACACUCCCGCCGUGUACUCCCGUUUUUCUCUCGGGUAAGACCAACUACCCACAGCCACUAAAAUAGGAAAAAUGAGGAAUGGCAUGAGCAUUCAGCUAAAACAGAAAUACAAAACCGCGCUACCUGUCUGCGGUGGACCAUUCGAUGCCAAUAGAAAACAAUAGAACCCCGUCGCUGAAGCAGAGCGAGACACAAUUAAUUCACAGCAUCAAGCCCACACACCCAAACACAUACAAACUCACACUUAACACACAUGUAAUAGUGGCGCUGAUGCAAAUUAGGCGCAUUUAAAUAGAACACAGGUUCCAAUAGUAUAAACUGCAGUAUGCAAAUGCAUAAGCAAAACAAAAAACCCAUAAGUGAACCACCCGAAAUCGGAUUGUACACUCAUCAUUUCUUUAUCAUAAUUCACAAACCUACACUUACAACUUCAUACAACAGUUCAGUGCAACGAGUUGGAUUAACAUAAUCAAAUUUAAAUGAUGUAACCCGUACAGGAACAGGCAAACAAAUGCAGUGAAAUGCAAGAAAUGCAGUAUGGCUUCCGCUGAGAAAAAAAGGGAUAACAAUAUAUAAAAACAAAACAGCAGCAAACAGCAACAAAUCAAUAACAAGCAGAUAGCAAGACAUUUGCCAGUAAGCAGAGUGAAAACACCCAAGGUGAAAAGAUCGUGCAAGAUCGCGACGAAUUGGGAGUAAAGAACAGUUUCACAGAUGUCCAAAGAAGAACAAAUUACUAUCCUGUUUUCAAUCUUUAGUUUCACUCACACAGCAGAAGAAUAGUAUGAAUGAACCAAACUAACAGAUAAUAACAAUGAUCAUCCCAAACUUGCCGCCGCAACCAAUCAUCGAUCAUCCUCGGCGCCAAUGAGGAUGCCGAAGGAACGUGAACGCAUUUUUGUUUCUGUAUUCCGCAAGUACAUUUCGUCAAGAGGUUCUGUUUGCUUUACUUCUUAGUGAUAGAAGCUUAGCUAUAGCGCGUACGAUGCAUAAGCAUACACUUUGCUUUGUAAGUAGGUUGAGGCAAAUGAGCAGCGCAACCCAGAAGAUGAAACUUAUUUUACACCCUAGGUUUUAUGAGCGCCGGCAAAGUGUUUUGCGACGUGUUUGAAAUAAUAGGCCAGCCGUUUCGUUAAGCCAGAGCGAAGGAAGCGACAGUGCUCCUUUUUCUCUGUAGCGUAAGACUAGUUAAAUAGUUGUAUAGCCGGAAGGGAAGGAAAUAUCCAAACAUAAGAAAUACGCCGGGCGAAAUCCACCAGCAAUUAAAAUGAACGUUAUUUGCACUGUCGUGCACACCACCGCAAACUGGUGGGGCGGGGGUGCGCUCAGUGCACAAGGAUGCAGUGUUGUUGUAUAAUGCGUUUUUACUCUUAAUUUAGUUAAGUUGUUUCCACAAACAUCCCCUCCCCUCAAUAAUGCUGUUUUGCUAAUGCAACGUUCGAACACAUAAGCAUUGUUGGUUGGGUUGUAUCUGUUUUAGUAAGAAGAAAGCGCAGUGCGCCCCUCAACCCUCAAUUCGAUGGGUGAUCGGGUUUCUGUUUCACCCGUCAGGCGGGGAGGGAACUGUAAACAUGUGAGCAAAUACAAAUACACACAAACACACACACAUAAAAUACAGACCACACGAAAUGAAAUAAUCUUGUAAAACCAAGACAGGCAAAACAAAGCGGAAGAAACACGCGAAGGAAACUUACAAAAUGGCUGCCUAGGAAAUAGAACAUUACACUACAAAACUAGUUUACUUGCAAACGCAUCAACAUACAAAUUCGAUUCGAUUAGCAAUUAUCUCUUAAGCGAACAACAGUGAACAAAGACAUGUACGUUUGGUUUUAAGUUGACGGUUGGCACAACAAUACUUUAUGUUUUUUGUUUGUUUUAUGUUUAAACCGUCGGACAUACACGAUACGUCAAACCCUGUAUGUAUUGCCGAAAAUGUCGAAAAUGUCUUUUAUUUACCCUCAAUAAACUCACCGGAAUAAGAACACACAUUUCCUGACAUUAUCUGGAAAGAAUCAAAAUCAAGGUCGCGAUCGUUUUUUUUUUUUCACUUCAGCUAAGGAAGAUAAACAAUUGGAAAUGAAUUUCAACCCUCGAAACCCGCACGGUAAAUGAACGUACCACCAAGGAAGCAACAAGAUUGCAUCAAUUUCACCCGGUGUUUGUGUGUGCUUUCUAUUGGUUUUCAUUUCGUUGUACAAUUUUGGACAAAAUACCCACUGUUUAUAGAGGCAAACAACAACAAAAAAUGAAUCAAACACAGACAAACAAACGUAUGAGACAUGUUAAAAAAUGCAACUACCAAGUAUUUACCACCAAAAAUGUGCCAGAACACACACACACACACACACCGCAAAUGCAAACAUUUGAUACAAGGCGCCUUUGUACCAUACAGAACGCCGAGCACUAUUUGAAAAGUGUUAAAAGUUUCGAGUUUCUUGGUUAACUGUUCACUUUUACUUUGCUUCUCAUUCACGAUCGUAUGGAAAGGUACACUAGAACAAUAAAUUAGUCAUCAUAAAAUUUUAACCAUUUCAGUUAUUUCACCAAACUUUUAAAAUGCGUAAUUUUACCUUAAAUCCCCCAUUUAGAAGUGUUUUGAACGGUCUGGCCUAUUUCAUUCAUUCCAAACAAGCACGAACCAAAACGUGGCGAAAACAAUCGUGAAGUACAGAUUGUGCGAUUAGUAUAGUAGGAAUAAACGAAAUUUACCACUUUAUAAAGAGUCAAUGCCUUACAACAAUGGAAGCAAGCAGUAUCAAAAGGUGAAUUCAUUAUUCUCGAACCGGUCAAAAGAAGGAUUGUGAUGAUAGUGUGUGUAAAAAUGGGAAGAAUAACACAGUAAAAUUUGUCUAUCAAUAAACAUCAGAACACGUUAGAGCUCUAAAUUGUGGAUUGUAGAUCCAUUUCCCGGCGCACUGCUUCGCGAUAAUGUGGAAUUACGCUUAUGAGCUUUGCAGUGAAGACAUUCUGGCCAGAGAUAGAGAGAGAGAGAGAAAUAAAGAAUAGUGUAAGCUGUGGUCUUUCAAUUCAUGUAUAAUAUCAAUGAGACGAAAGAUUAUGCCAGCCAGGGUACUAUCCGGCUGCACAAUUUCUUAUGAAUGUAUAGCUGUUUAAAUGUACAUGUUCGUGUUUGUGCGGUGUAAUUUUGUUGUUUUGCUGCGUGUGCAUUUAUUCUGUACAAAAUGUUCACAAUAAAGUAUUUCAUUUCGUGCCACUUGAUUCUUGAUUACGGAGAUGGUUUGUUUGCUAAACAAAAAGAAGAAGCUUAAAGCACACACGUAUUUCCCAGCAUAUGGGCUACAACCAAAACAGGUUUCAAGGAUAUGCUACCUUGCUGCAAGCUGUUUCGUUCUUUUAACAAACGAUCCUCACGUGAAGGAAUUGUCAAAAAAGGCUCCAGUUUGUUGAAAACUAUUUGUAGCCAUUUUUGUAAUCAAAUUCAAUCGAUGAGCUUUAUUUCGCGUGCGAUCAUUUAAUCGAUUUUCUGUUUUCAAUACGUACGAACCAUCAUUGGCAAAACUUACGAUGAUACGAUUUAAUAUAAGGCAUGAGAGAAGCAAAUUUCAACAAAAUUGUGAUCAAAGCACUAUGGAGUCAAUAAGUUUGACACGUAAAUGGUUACACGGGAAACACCACGAAGUAGACAAAAUUCAUUAUAUAUUGGCAAGACUAAAACUGACGGAAAACGGGCUAAAUUUCAACGUUGUUCAGUGAAGAAGGCCACAAAAUUGUGAUUAAAUUUUACAUUGCUUCGAGCAUUCAGAAUCGAUAAUCGGAAUCAAAAUUCAGACUAACUGAACUACAGUGUUCACACACACAACCGAGAGGUGCUAAAAUAAUUAGGAAUUUGUAACAAAACUAAAACUGCAUACUUUGUGAUUGGAUAGAUUUUAGCAUUUAUUUUCCAAAUUGAAGCUAUUGGGGAUGCAACGACUCGUAAUUAAUGGCAAGCUUGUUUGAUAAACCUUAACAAAUGGUGCUUGGCGAACAUUUUACGAAGGACUCAUCAGACGAGUCACCAACGCGUAACAGUAAGGUUAAAUUCGCUUCACGUGUUGUUUCCUUUUGGAUCAUGAGCUAUGAUUUUUGUAAAUAGUAGACAAAGAACAUGAACAACGUGCACACCCACUAACUCGGAUGAGAAAUUGUUAUUUUGUUGUUAUCAUCUCUCUUCGGCAUCAAAUGUAUGUGUGCGCCAGUUGUGCUUCUUUAGUGGACGAUGGGUUAUACGAAGAGACGAAUUGUUUACAUCGUUUAGAGAAUGUUUAUACCUUCUUUCCUCAUUUCACAUGGAAAAAUGGCAGUAGAAAAUUAAGCUUUUAUACAACUUUUGGGCGACAACAUGGCAAAAUGUGUAUCGAUCGCAUCGGAUCGGUGUUGCAUCGAUGGCCAACUGAAUCCAAUGAAUAUUUACUCUCCAGUCCAAAAGAAAUGCAUUUACAAAUCUAAAUUUAUUGCAACAAUGCGAUCAUCAAACCAUGUAUCAACAAGAAGAUGCGUUGAAAAAGCAACAAAAAAAACGUAUAAAAACAGAGACUAACAAAACCAUAACUGUAAAAUUAUAUCUCCACUGGAAAAGGUAUCGAAUGACGGAAAUCUGUAACAUUUUACUUUAUUUAAUGUCUAAAUGUGAUAUGUAGGAUUAUGUUCGAUACAGGAAACAUGUACCAUCAAAUAAACGAUAACUCCUGUACGUAAAUCGCCGUAAAGAGGGAACGAGGAAACAUGGCAAAUGAAGCAACAACAAAAAAAAACAUUAAACCAAAUGCAUAAAACAAUUUAAAUGAAGUUUGAAAAUAAUUACAAAAACAAAACAAAAUGGUACACUAAAUUAAUUCAUACCGAUGGGUUCAGCAAAUGUGAGUUAUGCAAAAGAAGUAAAAGUUUCGUGAUAGAACGAGCGAGUCAAAUCUGUCUAAAAUAGACGAAACAAAUGUAACAAAUAGUAAAUUGAAGUAAGAACACGAACAAAAUUCAAGCACAUCUACCACAGUCACAUGUAUGGCAAGGUUUAAAAGCAUUCAAACCCAAAUUCAGUCAACCACUUGGCUUGCACGAAUGACAUCCAAAUCCAAUUUGCAAAUGAAGUUCUUUUUCACAUUAGAAACACUUUUUUUUAUAAGCAGGAUCGAUAUUUUCUUUCUUUCAACAGUCAAUCAAUCAAUUAGAACAGGAUAUAUAAAUACGCACAUAACAAAGAGCUGAAUGCUUUACAAAAAAAACACACAAGCAACGCCAGCAACGCAAUAGAAAAUAGCAGCCGAAUAAUACUACGCAGCAACAGAAUACAUACAUAAAUAAUCAAUGGAAUUAUUUUACUACUAAUACUACCACCAUUGCACAGUAUAAUAACUACAAUAGCAGCAAACAACAGCUUAGAAAUAAAAUUCUUAAGUCACCGUUAGCACACAAAGCAAACACACAAAAACAACAUACAAGCAAAUUCAAGACGAAAAACAACUCAACUCACAGUAACAGUAACAGCAAUCAACAACAAGAACAGAUACCAGCAGAUACAGCAAUAGCAAUAGCAAGAACAUAAUGCAUGGAGGAGUAGCGCAUGGAGGGUUAUUAUUUCAGUUGACAUUUAGCAUUUUAUGCUUGUAUAAAUACCAAUUAAAUUUUCCACUCUACCAAUCAACCAAUCAAACGAAAUCAGUACGUUAAUGCAUUUUUAUUUUUCAAUUCAAUUGUUUCACUGCAAUUAACUGAGACAGUUUGUAAGGCACAUCGCGUUCAACUUCGCCAAAAACCAAGAAGAUGGAAUUUGCAAUUCGGUGUGCUAAUUAUGAUUUUGGAUAUGUCAUUCCUUGAAAGCUAUAACGAACGAAGGUUGAUCAAGGCACUUUAUGAUGCUACGUGCCGAACAAUGCAUUCGAUGAGUGUGCAAAGAUAUGCAUUCCAGUAGAACUAUGCGCGGGCCUAUGGUUUACUUUCCGCAGCAGCACUUGCGCAGCUUUCUGCGCAAUGAAAUGCAAACCACCAAAACACAUAUACGUAGGGAAUGUUCUUUAUUUUGAGCUGUUUACAGUAGGAUGGUGAACACUUUAGUUCUGUUUUAUGCCGGAUCGUACUGUCAACGUCAGUGUUACAGAUCUUUCUAUUCUUGCGCAUUUUUUUUUUAUUGAGAAUUAUUUUACAUAUUUUAUAUCAAUUCAACUUAAGUUUUAAGUUGUUGUUACACAUUUACACAUUUCCUUUAAUCUGUUAGCAAACUAUUAUACUAUUAUGCCUAUUUCUUAACCAACUGCUGUGUUUAUAUCGUUAAUCGUUCUCUGUUACUUUCUCCCUAAAUUACGAUUUUAGUUUUUUGCCAUCUCUAUUGAAAUUUUAUGAAACGAACCGCAAUUUUAUUUAGUAGUACGUUUUUGUGCUGCACAUACAGCGGAAAAGACAGGUUUGCAAACAAAAAAAAACAACAGAAUCUUGCAGUUAUUUCUAUUGAAUGCACUGCAAAAACCCAACGCUGACCAGUGGAGUGGUGGUACAGGAUAGGCAGAGCUUGGUUAACAUGUCUUUCCGAAAUAUUACCAACAUCGUGCUGCUAAAAUGUAAACAAACAAAUAAGUUAUGCUUCUGUGGCAUUCGUAGAUGUGUGACGUAUAUAAAAGGAAUGUUUUUUUGGGUACACAUUUGCAUGUGCACCACACAUCCACCCAACUAUCGGAAUUUGCAAAUACACAAGAAAACUCGUUGGUGCACGUGGAAGAGGAAAAAUAUUGAAAACAGACACAGAUCUAAAUGUACAUUACAGAAUAAGACACACCAACACACAUACACCCACAGCAAUAGCCAUAAUCAAUACAAUGUCACACUUUAAUAAUUAUAAAAAUCAACACCCAACUACAUACAAAGUAAGCAGAUAAAAGCGAUUAGGAACCAGCCACGGUACACACAGCAUAAUAACAAGAAUUAAACAGAAAACAAAAAGCUUCAACUAUCCGUGAGUCGAAACAUAGUUCUAACAAAGCGUGGUACCAACAGCCAGAAAUUAGAAGUCUAAAAUUGGCUAAACAUGCGCUAUGUUGGUGCGCGGUGCAUCAAAAUGCAUUUGGUGAGCUUUGAAAACGAGCAAAUCUAUCUGUUGAAAAGCGUGUUAAACAUUUACCCGUACAUAGAACACAUUUUGUCUGCAAUGUCUGCAAUAAGCAGGCGUUGAAAGGCUCUUGCAGCAAAUCUUGUAAAUACAGUCCAACAACCGAGCAUCACAAUCCGUUCUCUACGCGAAACGGUAGAAAGCGCUUGAAACUACAGAGAAAGAAAAGAAAAGAAAGGAACACUGGGCGAGGUUUAGCAACCAACUCAAUAGAAUUAAUCUUGCAGUAAACAGAAGAAGUAAAAAAAACAAA